AUGUCGCUUUUAGAAGAUGUAUUUCUACGAGAUGAAGCCGACGAAGCCCAGGAGUUAGAAAGAGUAAUAGAGGGUGACGAAUAUGAUGACAGACCCCGGAAUAGGUCAGAUAGUGAUAAUGAUAGUGAACGGACAGACGAAGCUGAGGAAGAUAAAAGAAAAGUUGACCCAGCGUCAGCUAAAACAAGACGAAUAAUUAAAAACCCAAGAUUCGUUUUGAAUCCUGCUAGAUUAACUGGACCGAGAGGUAUACAUGUUAUACCAGAACAUUUCAAAGAUUUUAAAUUCAAAGGUAAAGGUCAUGAGAAAGAGGAUUUAGAUUUAAUUCUCAAGAAAUUAGAACAUUGGGCAUAUAGAUUGUACCCUAAAUUUCAAUUUGAGGAUUGUUUGAAGAAAAUUGAAACACUCGGAAAGAAAAGACCUGUUAUGGUUAAUUUACAUAAAAUAAGAUCGGACCAAUUUACAACAGAAGAGCCUAUAGUACAGAAAGAUUCUACUGAUGAUGACGAACCUCAAGAUGAAUUUGACAAGUUAUUGCAGCAACAAAUAGAUUUAGCUAGGGCUGCUGAGGCAAAGACAGAUGAAACACAUAGUCCUAUAAGAAAUAAUGAGCCUCCAUCACCGAAAGCGACUUCAUCACCAUCAAUAAGUGAUGAACAGAAAGAAAGGAUGAUGAGAAAUAGAAAAUUAGCUGAGGAAAGACGGAGAAAUAGAAUGUUAGCACAAAGUGUUACUAAAGAAGUUAUACCGACAUUAAAUAAUGAUGAUGGCAUUAAAAAUAAUGAUGAUGGCAUUCAAAAUAAUGGUAAUGGCAUUCAAAAUAAUGGUGAUGGCAUUCAAAAUAAAAUUGAUGAAGAUUUGGAUACAAAUAUAAGUAGGAGUAAGAAAAUAAAUAGAUCUAAUGUUAUUGAUAGUUCAGAUGAAGAAUCAUGUGUAGUGAAUGAAUCAUUUACUGUUGAUAUACAUAAUGUUACAACAGAAAAUGUUACAAAUAAUAAUGAAAAUAUUAAUAAUGAUGAAAAUUGUUCAGAUAUAAAAGAUAAAGAUGUAACUUUAGACAACGAAAAAGAUAAAGAUAUUGUGGAAAGUGAAGAUAUGUUAAAAAAUAGUAAUAUUAAUGUAAUUAAUGGUAAUAAUGAUAUAGAAGAAAUUAAUGAUUCAGAAACAAUGUCAAAAGAAAUAGCAGAGAAUGAAAUUAUGGAUGUUGAUUUUGAUGUAUAG